AUGUUUGGAGGUUUUGGUGGAGACGGUAAUCCGUUCAACGUGCAGUUUAAUUUUGGUGACUUUCCACAACGAUUCAAUGAACAUUAUCGGGUGUACCCAGUAUCCUUUUGUGACAAAGGUCAUUUAGAAGAUGGUGAUAAGAUUUUAUUGCCUCCUUCGGCACUUGAGACGCUUGCACGUCUGCAUAUUGAGUACCCAAUGCUAUUCAAGGUGAUGAAUGAAGGAGUAGAACGCUCGUCGCACUGUGGUGUACUGGAGUUUAGUGCUCCAGAGGGGAGCUGUUACAUGCCAUAUUGGAUGAUGCAAAACCUUUUUGUAAAGGAGGGCGGUAUUUUAAAUAUUCAGAACGUGUCGUUGCCAAAGGCAACAUUUGUAAAAUUGCGGCCACAGUCUCAAGAUUUUCUUAACAUUUCCAAUCCACGUGCCGUUUUGGAGGGCUCUCUCCGAAAGUUUUCGUGCAUGACGGUGGGCGACACGAUAUGCCUGAAGUACAACAACAAGAAUUACAUGCUGGACGUGCGUGAAGUUAAGCCUGCACCUGCUGCUUGUAUAAUUGAAACAGAUUGUGAGGUAGAUUUUGAGCCUCCUGCCGACUACGCGCCUCCUCCUCCUGCGGCUGCAGCAGCAGUAGUGGCUCCCGCAGCGCCAUCGGAUACUCCAUAUGGAGGCGUUCCAACAAUGAAAGCGGAACAUAUGAACCCAGUACGUUGUGGUGGAGCUGGAUUUGGUACUGGUUUACGUCUUAACAAAACGGGUGAAAAGAGCUCGACUGACGCAGCAGCGCUCCGUGCUGCUCGCUUACGCAAGUACGAGGCAUUUCACGGCACCGGUCAGUCGCUCAAUGGGAAGACGUCCACGUUCAGUAGCGUAAGUUCUGGGGGGUUCUCGCUUGGGUAG